ACACGCUUCUUGACUCUGCCAUUGACAUUUACUUCACACGCAUAUAAAACAUAACUAGUACGUUAUUAGUGUUAUUGACUCAAACCAUAUAUAUUUUCCGAAAUUUUUUCAUAUCACAUGAUACUAUAGCUAACUUCAAUUCAACUCAUCGAUCAUGGCUAUUCUUUCUAUCUCCUACCAAACCCAUAAUUCUCUGUAUGUUUCACUGUUAUUAACGUUAAUACUAUUUUUAGUUUCACAAUCACAAAGGUGCUAUGGUUCUAGUUCAUUCGGUUUUGAUAUCCACCAUCGGUUUUCUGAUCCGGUGAAGGGUAUUUUGGGUAUUGACAACAUUCCUGACAAGGGAAGUCGUGAAUACUAUGUUGCUAUGGCCCACAGAGACCGUGUUUUUCGGGGUCGGCGUCUUGCUGACGGUGGUGAUGUUGAUCAGAAGCUUCUUACGUUUUCUCCAGAUAACACCACCUACCAGAUUAGUUUGUUUGGAUAUUUGCAUUUUGCAAAUGUUUCUGUUGGGACACCAGCUUCAUCAUAUCUUGUUGCAUUAGAUACUGGGAGUGACUUAUUCUGGCUCCCUUGCAAUUGUACCAAAUGUGUCCAUGGUAUACAGCUAUCAACAGGACAGAAAAUUGCUUUUAAUAUCUAUGAUAACAAAGAAUCAUCCACUAGCAAAAAUGUGGCCUGCAAUAGCAGCUUAUGUGAGCAGAAGACACAGUGCUCUUCAUCAUCUGGUGGCACUUGUCCAUAUCAAGUUGAAUAUCUAUCAGAAAAUACUUCAACUACUGGUUUCUUGGUAGAGGAUGUGUUGCACCUAAUUACAGAUAAUGAUGAUCAAACUCAACAUGCUAACCCACUAAUUACUUUUGGUUGUGGACAAGUUCAAACAGGGGCUUUUCUGGAUGGGGCAGCUCCAAAUGGUCUGUUUGGACUAGGAAUGAGUGAUGUAUCUGUUCCAAGUAUCUUAGCCAAACAAGGGCUAACUUCAAAUUCUUUUUCAAUGUGUUUUGCUGCUGAUGGCCUUGGAAGAAUCACAUUUGGGGAUAAUAAUAGUAGCUUGGACCAAGGAAAAACACCAUUCAACAUUAGGCCGUCGCAUUCAACUUACAACAUCACUGUCACCCAAAUUAUUGUGGGAGGAAAUUCCGCUGAUCUGGAGUUCAAUGCAAUAUUCGACACUGGCACCUCAUUUACAUACCUAAACAACCCGGCUUAUAAGCAAAUUACUCAAAGUUUUGAUUCAAAAAUUAAGCUACAAAGGCAUUCAUUUUCUAAUUCUGAUGAUCUUCCCUUUGAGUACUGCUAUGACUUAAGAACAAACCAGACGAUUGAAGUUCCCAAUAUUAACUUGACGAUGAAAGGUGGAGACAAUUAUUUUGUCAUGGACCCGAUAAUAACAAGUGGCGGGGGUAACAAUGGUGUUCUUUGUUUGGCUGUUUUGAAAAGCAACAAUGUGAAUAUCAUUGGACAAAACUUCAUGACUGGUUACCGGAUAGUCUUUGAUCGCGAGAACAUGACUCUGGGUUGGAAGGAAUCUAACUGUUAUGAUGAUGAACUCUCGAGUUUACCUGUUAACCGAUCGCACGCCCCAGCCGUGUCUCCUGCUAUGGCGGUGAAUCCUGAAAUACAAUCUAACCCUUCAAAUGGUCCUCAAAGGCUUCCAUCUAGUCACUCAUUUAAGAAAGAACCUGCAUUAGCAUUUACAGUGGCAAUUAUCCUGCUUUUAGCAAUUUUUUUAGCAUAGAUUUAGCUGUCAAGUGCUGUAUUAUUUAGAUUAGUAAUUUUUUUUUUCAGAAUACACGAGAGAGAAGCAUUAUUUCUAUACCUUUUUUUUUCCUGGAGUCUUGAUAGCAUUUUGAUUUGAUAGGGUUGUAAAUAAUGUAAAAGCACAUCAGCAUAGUUUUAUACCACAUAAUUUGUCUUUGGAUUCUUAUGA